UAGCAGAACAAAUGAGUUAGGGUGAAUUAUCCAUGAGCUAAGAAAUUAGCAGUAACUCUUUACCAGCUUUUCUCUCUCAUUUUGAAGUUGACACUUCUCUGACACUUCGCCAUGAUGAGUACGAUCUACACAUGGUUGGAUAACCCAGUGAAGUUUGAGAAAUCUUGUGACAUUAUUAAAACCCUGGACACUGAGAUCGUCCCAAAGUCUGACACUAAGGAGGAGGAGACUCACAUCCUUAUUGUGGAAGACUUUCUGCUUUACACCUGUGAACCUUUGAUCGACAUGCUGAACCAACGUUACUUUAUUUCCAUCCCAUAUGAAGAAUGCAAAAAGAGGAGGUGCUCUAGGAACUACACGGUGCCAGAUCCACCCAGCCUGUUCGAUGGCCACGUCUGGCCCAUGUAGUUGAAACACAAGAACACCACUUGAUAUUCAAAUGCCUAACGUGCACCAUUAAUGCACACCGCCUGUGUCCCAACGGAAAUACAUGCUAAAACUUCUGAAAUAAAACCCGAUCACAUUUCUGUUUAGGGUUAUGGCAGCGGUUAGGACACCAAAAAUUAAAAGUUAAAAACCUGACCUGUAAAACCUGAUUACAAAAUGUUUAAUAAAGCAGUCUGCUUACAGGAAAGAAGACAGCCCUCCCUAAAAACAUUCUAAUGCAGCCAUUGUAGCUUAUGUAGCUCUGUCAGCUUAGUAUGCUAUGUAGAUAACAGCGCUACAUUAGCUCCGUAGCUCUGUGGUUGGAGCUACACAGCCAAUGUAGCCACAUAGCUAACUUAGCUACCAGAGCAGCUAUGUAGCAAGAUUAUCGAUGUAGCUACUAUAACUUUAGCUAUGUUUGCUAAAGUUCAUGUCGCUAAAAGUAACUUAGCUACAUUGGUUUAUUUAAUAACUUGAUUUAAAUAGCUAGCAUAAGUAUGUUAGCUUUAGCUAAAGGACACCAUCCACGUAUAUAUUUGUUGAUGCAUAAAUAACUGAAUCCUGGAUUCGACCUCUGAACUUUUUCCUGUUUUAUUUGUUGCUUUAAUGUUUGAACUGUGGUUAUUUCAUUAAUGUAACCGUCAGACUUUGUUUAGGAAUAAAGUUGAUUUUUGAAAAAAUAAUGUCAAAUUUGAAUUAUAUUGGACUGGCAAAUUACAUCACUUCCUUUCUGACAGAGAUGGCGUCUCAGAUGAAGGGUCUGUGAGAGUGGCCAUCAGAGAUGUAUGGCCUGCAGCCAGACUGUCUUGAGUUCAUGGAAGAGCUGGUUUUAAGAGUGAAAGUUGGGAGCCAGCUCUCAUUGAGAGACGUCCUCUUAUUUCUUUUCUUUUUUUUUUUGUUUUGAAUAUGUACAAAUAACAAAAUGGUACCAAAUGAAGAAAGACCAGUCCGCAUACUGAGCUGAACUAAAUAAUACAGACCUCUCAUAAGGGCCGGAUUAUUCAGGUGUAUAGAUAUAAAUUAAGCUUUAUUAUUUUUAGGAAUAAAGCCUGGCCAUAUUAGAACAGGCUGUAAACCUGCUUAUUUCUGAUGUGAAAAUAGCCAUUUUUAACAUGGGCUGUGUAUGUGACUUUGACUGGGUGCUUGACAUUGUCAUGAAUCAGAAACCAGUGACCUUUUGUAUUAGACUGUAAACAUGUUUAUUUUCACUCUAAAGUUGAGUACUUUUUCCCAGUGGUAUAGGAACUGUCUUGGUUUUGGAACCAGCCUCAGGUGGCCAUGUAAGGCAACUCUAUAUAUGCUGAACCUUUCAGUUCUUGAGGUGGUGGCUGGCUUUGAGCAGACUCUAGCAAGCUGUUUUCGGUCGCUAUGCCAACAGGCUCUAUGGCAUAUAAAGCAUGUGAGGCAGCAUCCUAAGGGUCCUUAAAGUUCAGUAUUCACUGUAUAAACUGGACAAAUUUCCUGUAUGUCUAUAUCUAGAAAAGGUGACUAGAGCUCUCCUGAGCGUUAAUCCCAGGAGACUGUGGUCAUUUAAAAGUCAAUGUCCGAGCAGCACAGAGAGCUUUUGUUAGCAGCUCCACAAUAGAGCUCUUAAACCAAACCUGCCAGGGGGGAAAACGCAGAGAAUAGGUGAAUGGGGUGAAGUCGAUUACCUACACCUGUGACACUAUAAAAUACCUCGUCAAGCUGUCAAGACGUCCGCCGUAGAACCAAGGUGCUGGUAGCCUGCUGAAGAGCCAUGAGGAGCAUUUGACAUCAGAGCAUUGAACAGUGUUAGUUUCCCUACAGGUGAGGAUUUUUUUAUGAUCCUUUAUUGUCUUUGUAUUUUUUUGUUUGAUUAUUUCUUCUUGUAAAGGCUGAAAUUGUAAUUCUCUCUCGACAGUCUCCCAGUAUGGUUUGUGUUGGUGCAAUAUUAUUGUUCCUGCCUGUUGCAUGGACAUGCUCACCCCAAAAAGCAGACUAUGUCAUGGUAUCAUGUUUCCCCAAUGCCAUCAUUGCAAACGUCCCAGAGUGUCCGUAUGGCUGGGAGAUUGAUCAACUGUCUCUGGGGGGAAUCUGCUACUCUGGAAUACAAAGUCCAGGUUACUACCGCUUCAUCAUCUCAGACCUGACUCCCAAAAACAACUCAUACUGCGGGACGCAGUCAGAGUACAUGCCUGGCAAAGACCCUAAAUACAUCUUCUACAACUCCAUCGUGUCAAACGACACCUCGCUCACUGUGAGAAACCAGCCGGUGAACUACACCUUCAGCUGCGUUUAUCGAGCAGCCUACCUGGUAAACAACGCCGUCUUCAGCCAAAGAGUGGCUACAGUUUAUGUCAACAACGGGAGUUUAGGCACUUUUAGAUCUCAGUUGUCUAUGAGUGUGUUCACGAAUUCAAAGUUCCUGUAUGCCAAGGAUGCACCCUACGUCAUUGACACCUCUGAGAUUGGCUCUGAAGUCUUCAUGGGCAUCGAGGCAAAAGGACUCAGUAACAGGUUUAAAGUUGUGAUAAACAACUGCUGGGCCACUCCUACUCCAUACUCAACAGACAAGAAGAGGUGGAGUCUCAUCAUUAACAGCUGCCCGUCUGACCCCACUGUGGUUAUAUUUGAGAACGCCAAAGACAGCCGCUCCAUGUUCAAGUUUAACUCUUUCCGCUUCCAACGUCUGGAAAAGGUUUCCACCGUCUGGCUUCACUGUGAGGUCACAGUGUGUGACGGAGAGAGACUCGUCUGUCUACCUAGCCCGUGCUCUGUGAGAAGUCUGACAUCAGAGGUCGAACCAAACGGAGGCAUCCUGACUGCUGAGUUUCACCUCAGAGGUAACAUAUCCUCCAAUGGACAAAUAAAAGGCACGUCACUCUUCAUCCUGCUGGUGGUUCUGAUAAACAUGUGCUGUGAUUUAAUAAAUGGAUCUAGAUUGUAGGAAAUAACAUAAAGAAAAUAUGAAGAAAAGCAUCACCCAGGACUCAGGGAGUGUAAAAAAUCAUUCCUCCCCCUCGCUGAAAUGGAUGAUA